UGUCAACUUGUCAAGAUGGCGCCAAAACCUUAACACGCAGCGCUACACCCGAUAUUUCCUUCCCGAUAUUUCCUUCACAAUUUCGAAGAUUUCCCGGACAAUUCAACCUAAUGGCGGGUGGACAGAUGAAGAAGAAGAAGAACCAGGGGACUAGCAACACCGCAGAACACACCCAGGGAAUCCAGUACACUCUGCUUUCACUCCUCACCCAGUGGUAUGAGCCAAGUGACCCGUGUGUGGCCAGCAGGAAGGUCUUGAAGGUCAUUAGAGACAAGCAGGUGCUCCCCAAGUGGUCACCUGAAGGAGGGAAAUUAUUGCUGGAACAUGUCAGUCAGGCUGUUAAGGAAAGAUCACCCAGCAUUCUCAGUCUAUUGGAGCUGCUACAGGAGUAUGCCAGGUCACAGCAGCAGCAGCAGCAGCAGCAGCAGCAGGAGGAGGAAGUGCCAAGUCCAGUCAGCUGUGCCGUGAAGGGAUAUGCUCGUCUUUGUCUCUUCAUGACUGGGGACGAUGGCGGUGGUGGUGGUAGUGGAAGGUUCAACGAUAUGGAGUUUGUGGAAGGGUUAACGCUGUUCUUUAAGAUGCUGCUGGAGUGCUGGAAGGGAGCUGUGUUGAGGCAGGGGUUCUUGGUGGUAAGGAGUCAGCUGAGUGUGGUGGUGGACAGCAGACAAGGCAGUUUCCAGCGCCGCAAUGUUCUCAAGGACCUUAACGACCUGCUGCUCCAAAUGAACUCUGCUAGUCGCUAUGUGUUGAGGCAGAAGUGUAAUGCUUUGUUCAUGAUGGUGCCACAGCUGCUGGAGGAGGUGGGAGAGUAUGACAUGCAGGCCAGCUUGGUGGAACUCAUGUACAGAAUGACCUCUUUGGCGGACAGGACUCGCAACAUUGCCCUCUGGUUCCCCCAUCUUGACUGCACCAUUCAGAGCCUCUUCCUCACCAUCACCGAGUUUGACCCUCACUGCCGUCGCUUCCUCAACGCAUACAACGCAUCACUGGGGAGCGCCUGCAAGGUGUACACAUUACCCUGCCACAAGGCGCACAUCGGCAAGCUCAGGCUGUACAAACCCCAGAACCCAAGCUAUCCAAUGUUCUGGGUGGACUUCAACUUUGGCUUCCUGUCUGUUGUGGUCACCUGCCAAGUGGAGGGUGCGACGGCAGUGAAUGACAUGUGGGAGUGCCUGUUCCUGUACCCAGACCAGGUGCAGCUAGCCACUCUGACCUGCCACAUGCACACCUACACACUGGAGAUGAAGUAUGGCAGUGUAGAGGAAGUGAGGGACCUGUUCUCCAUGCCACUGAACGAGGAGAGUUAUGCUUUGCUGUCCAGUGUGGUGUUCCUUGAGUUCUCACCACUGGAGAUGCUGGAGAAACUGUGCUACCAUAUCUUUGGAAGCAAGCUGAAGGUGCUUCACUUAGAGCCAGAGGGAUGUAAGGCAAAGAAGCACAGCAAGGGACAAGAUGGCAUGACUUCCACCUCCUCCUGCACCCAUCCCAAGAGUUCCGGAGCUUUCACUGAUGUGGAAAUACAUCUUGACACACCCACCACCCCUGGAUUUGAUGGACCAAAUGGGCUAUUCGCUCCACCCUUGAGCUCCACGCAGUCCACAGUGACCACCUCCCACAAGAGCAAGAAGACCUCUGCCGUGUCCUUGGAUUGUGAAGGGGAUGUGGAGGAUGUGGAGUCUAGUCUUGUCAUUGCAGGACCCAGCAAGCCACACAAACCAGCAGGCCCCAGAAAGCCACACAAACCCACAUCAUCUACUAAACAACGAAAAGUAUCUGAAGUUUUGCUCGAUCCAGAACUAAACAGCCUUGAUGAGGUGAGUGGGAGGACGGCAACCACCACCACCACCACCACCACCACCAGGGACAAGAAGAAGAAAGGAAAGACAGGGGUGGUGAGGUGCAACACAGACACUUCCCACUCACCACAUUGCUACAAACCACUUCAUUUCACAUCGCCGCGUCCUGGAACUGCUGUGUUGAGAGCUGGCAAGACGUUGGGCAAGAAUUCUCAGGUCCUUUUUGAUGAAGAGGAGGACCAACCAACACCUCAACCAACACCCCAACCAAAGCCAACAAUUAAGAACAAACAGAGCAACAAGCCUGACUCAGAGGAGAUGAAGCCUGCCCAGAAUGCGAGUGAAUUGCAGCAGCAGGAGAAAGAUGUGACUUUGGUUGAUUUAGUCCUCCCCAGCUCUAAUGAGUCUUUGGUGGUGAAGGUGGUUGAUUUAGUCCUCCCCAGCUCUAAUGAGUCUUUGGUGGUAGCUAAGGCCUCAAAGACCACCACCACAACUAUUGCUGCUGCUGAUGCCAAUGGUGUUCCCUCAGACGCUACUAAUGGUGAACAGGAUCCUGGUUGUCAUGCUAAGGUUACGGAAACGUCUCACGUCGAACAGGAGUCGAAAACACCACCUUGCAUAGAAAACAAGACAAAGACACCUCCCUUAAGAAUAGAAACCCGUAAUGACUUUUCAGGCUUUGAUCCAGGCAGUGACGCAAAGUCUUCAAAUCGACAAACCAGCACAACGAUGGAAAAGUCUGAGGGAAUUAAAAAAUGCACUCGUAAAAGCCUCUCUAGAAACGAGUCGGCCACCAAUAGCACACGGGUAGGAAAGAGAGCAAGGGGAGCCAAGAAGCAAGCCUCCAGAAGACCCUCUCAGAAGAAAUCAGUCAAGGGGAACAAGAAGGACAAGGAAGGAACUACAAAGGAUGCCAAAACAAGUACUAUGGCUGUAAUCCCCAACAGGACUCUAGGUGAAGCUGUCCCAACACAUAUUGAGCAAGAGAACGUCAAGGAAGCAGAUCUUGAUGAUGCCGAGACAAGUAUUGCCAAGGUGAAUGAAGCGGAGGCUGUGCAGAUUGACCCAGGCAUCACUGCAGACCCAACACUUACUGCACAAGAGAACAGGAAGGCACUGGAAGCAGAUCAUGAUAUUAUCGAGCUGAGCAUUGUUGAGGUGAAUGAGGCAGAGGCUGUGCAGAUCGACCUAGGCAGCGCUGACCUUAUCAUAUCACAAUCUCCAGAAGUUGAGCCUCACCUUGAGCCGCUAAGCCAUGCACAGAAUAAAGAGUACACUGCAAAACCAGUUAUAAGCCAUGCUCGUGACACAUCAGAUGGUACUAAGCCAAUUGAAACAGGCUCUCAGGAAGUUAAACUCAACACUUUCGAUCCAGUAAGCCAUGGAGGUGACAAACAUGAGCACACAGAUGCAAGUCCAGCAGCCACAGCACACAGUGAAAUGAGACCUGAAACACACACUGAAGACAACGUGUAUUCUGGCCUUGCUUUGAUGAACGAGUCGCCAUUACCUUCAGGACAAGUGUAUGAUGAGGAGCUCUUUCAUUCAGACUCCACUGCUGAGGAAACACAGGAUACAACACAGCCUUUUAUUGAACCAGUAGUAACACCAGCACCAGCACCAACCCCCUCACCAUCACCUCAAGACAGGACUGUUCCCAAGGAUGUGGAUGAUCAACGCACUUCUCCCACUCCACUGGAAACUACACACACAGGACUAUCUACACAUAAAUCUAUACCACAAACAGCACUGCCACCCUCGCUGCAGGUAGAAAAAACUACUGCCAAUGACUCCCAAGAUUUUAAGCCAGUGCACAUGUUGAAGAAAUUAAGUAUGUCCCCUACCUUUAAUUUGUUGAUGGUAAAAGUGAAAGACGACCCUCACUACAAAGACACUAGUGGUGAGGCAGAGUGUGAUGACCCUCAGGCAGCUUCUGGAGGAGGAAAGGAGAGACUUGAUAGGGAGAGGGAUACACAGGGAGAAGAGAAUGUACACAAUACUUCCAUAGCAUCUAAGGUAGUACAACAAAGAACAAAGAAGGUGAGAUCUCUUAAAUACAAGCUGGUAGAAGAGUGUGCAGACGAGACUAAUAGUAAAUCAGUCACCGGUGGUCUGAAUGAAGAUAGUAAUGCUUCAAAAAAUUAUGACCCACACGUACUUGAGGACACAAAGAGAUCCAGGGAGAAGUCAUUCACCAAAAUGCCUAAAAAUCCUCUACUAGACCAACAAGAGCAGCAUGCAAGGAAACAAACACCAUACAUAAAUAACAGAGGUAGAAAACUUGCCACUGGAAAUACAAGUGUGAAGGAACAGCAAGUGUCCCAUCCUGCACUGAUCACCCAGAGACCAACAUCACUGAACACCAGCAACAGUUCGACCACUCACAGGAUCAGGAAUAAACGCAAACUGUUUGACCCCACAGCCCAGGCCAGUGUGGUGUUGAAUCAGCCCCACAUGGAGGAGAGAAAAACGACACUUGAAACUAACCACAAGACCAACACCUCACUUAUUGACUCACUCCAGCAUGAUGUGAAUAAGAUGACAGACAGAACACACACAACCAAGACACAAAGCCCCGGGAAAAAGCGCAGAGUCUCAAGGAGCAACAGUAAUAGCCGAAGAUCCAGAGGAGGUAGAGGGAAGCGGAAGAGUCUGCCACCUCCUAGAAGAGCAAGUGGGUUCCUGGAGGAGUCUGGGAUAGAGGAUGAUCCGCAUUCCAUCUACUCAGACCUUGACUCGAACCCUGAGGAGGAGGUGGAUUCCUGGUUCAUGCUCAGGAUUGAGAAAAUCAAGCACCAGAGAACUUACAGCAACGCCUCCACCAGAAACCUCUCAUUCAAGGAAGACAGGAACCACACACUGAAGAGAAAAAAAUAUAACACAAAGGAAGACAGUAAUCGUUCCCCAAACACAUCAGACAUUGGGGAUCUCUCUGAUGAUAGACUUAGUAAUCUAUCAAAGAGUCCCUUAAGUUUUACUACUACUAAAGACACUGCAAGGAAUGUCCACAACCACUCCUUAUCAGAUAGAAGUGCCAAAAGGAAUAGAAUAGUGUCCCCUCCUCCAGUGUUGAAAAGCACCUCCAUCUCAGAGCAAAGCCAGACAAGCAGUCAUGACGAGUGGGAACCGUCAUCCGCCAAGAAAAAGAAGUCAAAGAAGGAAGACGCCAGCCUCACCAGGAGCAGGAAGUGGUCUGGAAGGAAGCAGGUCUCGAAAGAUGGUACCUCUCUGGUGGAUGAUUCACAGUUACUAACGGACUCCAGAACUUUCACCAGUGCUGUUCUGGCAGACUACUCAGCCCUGCAUGAAUCCUCUGCUGAAACACUCCGCCACACAAGCAGAAGCUCGGUGGAGUCUGGUACGUCAAAUUUCACGAACUUCAAACUUGCUGCAGCCAAAGGGAAAGGAACGAGAAUGGAAAAUGCAAUAGAAGGUGAGGUGGAUGCCAGGUGUCCUUCACCGUUACCUCGCCCAUCUCAGCCAUUUAUCACCGAACCUCAGAAACCAGCGCCACAGGUGUCCCCACAGGUGCAGGAGAGCCCAGUCACUCCAAUAUCUACACCUGUGCUGUUCCUCGAGUCACCGGCAUUUCAUGUGUUGUCACAGCCACCUCAGGACUCGCCUGGCCAGGACCUAGAGCUGAGCAUCCGUCCUGCAACUCACAAUGACCACUAUGACGCAGAAAUACAAGACAACCAAAUGCCACCCACACACCUCGCCACCAACUCAGUCCCCAAAACCACCGAGAUGGUAACAACUUCACCAGCACCAGCAUCAACUCAGCCAUUUAGAGUAGAAAGCACUCCACAGUCACCACAGCACCCAUCCCAUCUUAGCACCAUAGACAUAAGCAUUAUCCCAGGAUCGGACACACAGGCACCUACAUCAGGGCCUCUACAGAGCACACUGCUUGACAGCCCCCUCAACAAGUCCACAAGCCCUGCACCAAAAUUCAGCUAUGUUGCGGAAGCUGAGGCGUCCUACAUCGAGAAAAAACAAGUUGUCAGAGGCCAAGAUUCAACCUCCCAUAAAUCACUGUCCAGUGAUCCAGUCAAGGCUGAGCUCAGGUACGACAAGGACCAGACAUCCCUAGUCACCAUCACAACCACUGCAGAAAUUCACCAGGCAGAUGCAGCAGUAGGUGAGCUAAUGGACCACUCGGGUACCACUACACCAGAGAAGAACCAGCAGAUUGAAACCCCAUCUCCUCCAUCAGAAGCAUUAAAGAGUGAAGUGAGGGAGCAGGAGAGGCCUCAGACAAACCCACCACGCAUCCAGCCCUCACUUAUCCAGCCCGUCGCCCCCAGAGCCAAGGUUACUCCACAGUCUGCCAUCUCAAGUUUCAGCAGCAGGAUGUACAGGCAGCUCGUCCAGCCACAGCAGACACCUGUAUCAAGACACGAGUCACCAGUCCAUCCACAGUCCAGGAACCUCUUUGGAACUGUGAGAGGAGAGGCAGCAGCUAGUGAGGAGAGGAGGAACCAUGGUGCACGCAAGAUGGAGAUGAUUACAGCCUUGUUGGCAGUACAGGCUGAUUUAGAGAGCUUUUCUUGUUCCAUUUCCAGACUCGCCCACGCACUUGGCACUGUAAUGACACUCUUUGUGGAGCACUGGAGUGAUGCAGAGGCCCAGUAGCUGACCCUGAUUGGGAGUUUAUGAUCCCAAUAGCUGCUCCUGAUUGACAGUCUAUUAUCUGGAAC